AUCGCACCCGCCCGGGCCGCCUUCUCUUCUCCAGCGUCCGAUCUCCCACUCGCCGCCCUCACCGCAGCUCUCUCCGCUCGGUCGCUUCCCCACCUCCGCCUUCCCCGCGCGCGCGCUCGCCACCUCGCCCUCCCCUCCCUCCACGUCGCGCGCGCCCUCGCUUAUAUAAGGGUUACUGUUGGGUGGGCCGCGGUGGUUGUGGCCCUGCACCUGCAGCGCAGGAGGAGCGCAUGGCGGACGCGCCGGCGAGCCCCGGGGGCGGCGGCGGGAGCCACGAGAGCGGGAGCCCCAGGGGCGGCGGCGGUGGCGGAGGCGGAGGCGUCAGGGAGCAGGACAGGUUCCUGCCCAUCGCCAACAUCAGCCGCAUCAUGAAGAAGGCCAUUCCGGCUAACGGGAAGAUCGCCAAGGACGCUAAGGAGACCGUGCAGGAGUGCGUCUCGGAGUUCAUCUCCUUCAUCACCAGCGAGGCAAGCGACAAGUGCCAAAGGGAGAAGCGAAAGACCAUCAACGGGGACGACUUACUGUGGGCCAUGGCCACGCUGGGCUUCGAGGACUACAUAGAACCCCUCAAGGUGUACCUGCAGAAGUACAGAGAGAUGGAGGGUGAUAGCAAGUUAACUGCAAAAGCUGGUGAUGGCUCUAUUAAAAAGGAUGUUCUUGGUCAUGGGGGAGCAAGUAGCUCAGCCACACAAGGGAUGGGCCAACAAGGAGCAUACAACCAAGGAAUGGGCUAUAUGCAACCUCAGUACCAUAACGGGGACAUCUCAAACUAAUUGAAGAUAUGGACCUUUUCUGCAACUGCUGCUCUUACCCGAGUUAGUUACUAAGACACCCUGCGGUGAGCAGUUAAGAAUAGUAACCAGCCACCCCCAACAGGUCCAUUUUUAUCAGGCAGAACUGAUGAGGCAGCUUGCUAGGUGUAAAUCGCUUCCCUGGGGAUAGUUUCGGUUGUGGGCUAGCGCCGUUGUUGUAUGUAUAUUAAGAAUAAUUUAAUGAUUGGUCUUUCGGCUGUCAUUUCGUUACAUGUAUUUGUAUUGGGAGGCAUAAAUAUUGUGUAAUGUGUUAAACUAGCGUAUUGAACUAUCAGAAGAGCUGCUCUAGCUGUAACCAUCUUUGGAUAUCCUUGCGUUAGGCAAUGGAGAAGAUUAUGGCGUCGACACCAUAUUUAUCGGCUAAA